AUGUCUCAUCCUAAAAAAAAGCAGGGUCAGAUCAGAUCAAAGGACCUUCCUUAUGCACUUAACACCUGUCUGCAGUUAUUUAUGUUCAGUGGGUCUAAUAUCCAAGUAUUUUCAGGUCUGAUCUGUGUGGUCUGCGGUGAUACCAGCUCUGGGAAACACUACGGCAUCCUCGCGUGUAACGGGUGCAGUGGCUUCUUCAAAAGAUCUGUCAGAAGGAAACUUAUAUACAGAUGUCAAGCUGGUACCGGACGGUGCGUGGUCGACAAGGCUCAUAGGAACCAGUGCCAGGCGUGCCGGCUGAAGAAAUGCCUCGCCAUGGGAAUGAACAAAGACGCGGUCCAGAACGAGCGCCAGCCUCGCAACACAGCCACUAUCAGGCCCGAAGCUCUGCGCGACAUGGACCAAGAGCGCGCGCUGAGAGAGGCCGCCGUCGCCGUCGGAGUUUUCGGUCCACCGGUAUCCCUCGCUAUGGCGUUGUCCCCGGCGCGCUAUCCUCUGCUGUCCCCGCACUACGCGCCGCUGCCGCCGCCUCAACCGGCGCAGGCGCAGCCCGACUCCUCACAUGACCACAACGAAGAUGGGAACCCGCAUACUGAUAGUGAUGAGUCCACCUGCCAUCACUUCGUCAGCGGAGGCCAUGAUGUGACGCAAUUAAGGGGAUACCAAAAAAGUAAUAUGAGAAAAUUUACGGCCAGUCCAGAGAGACUGACCACAUACACGAGGGCAAAGGAAGAAACACGGAAAGGUUUUAGUAAAAGUCGGACACACCCUUUCAAAAGCAGCCUGUGCCAAUUUUUCACUUUCUAUUUUUUUACAGAUGACAGCAUCGAUGUGACAAACGAAGAAGAUUCCACUUCGUACUCGCCGCCGGCUGCCAUGAACUAUCAACAGAACUGUGCGUCUUAUCGGCCUCUAGGAGUUGAAAGCGCCGCAGAGUCGGCAGCUCGCCUGCUCUUCAUGGCCGUCAAAUGGGCGAAGAACUUGCCUUCUUUUGCCAGCCUCGCAUUCAGAGAUCAGGUGAUCUUACUUGAGGAAGCAUGGUCAGAGCUCUUCCUGCUGAACGCUAUACAAUGGUGCUUGCCACUGGACGCCGCUUGUGCUGCUCUAUUCGGAAGCGAUCAGAUGGAUCAAGAGUUAUGCUACCACGCCUGCGAAUUUCGAAAACCUUUCGACACAAACAUUAACCUCCUUAGUGCGGGAGCCAUAUUGCAAAAAGGACCUCAAAAUUAUCUAUACGUGAAUUAUCCUAAUUCUACCGUGCAAUCCUCCGUUAAUGUUUUCUUGACCACAGAAAGAAUGCUCCUACACCUACAUUGCAUCACAAUAAAUGGUUUUGCAGAGAGCGGCGUGGACUCGGCCACGCUGCGCCGGUUGCGGGAGGUGCUCGCGCGAUACCGGACUGUACUCGUCGAUCCAGCUGAGUUCGCUUGUAUGAAGGCUAUCGUCUUGUUUAAAUCUGAAACCCGCGGUCUAAAAGACCCCCUACAGAUAGAGAACCUCCAAGACCAAGCGCAGGUGAUGCUGAUGACUCACGCGCGCACCGCCCACGGAACAGCCCCGGCCAGGUUUGGUAGACUACUGUUACUCCUGCCGUUAUUACGUCUGGUAACCCCACAGCAACUGGAAAGGGAAUUCUUCGCGAAAACCAUCGGACAAACGCCGAUGGAGAAAGUUUUAGCUGAUAUGUAUAAGAAUUGAACUCGCGUAACUCUGACAAUUUCAAUCAUCUUUGCGUGUAGUGUGAUGUGUGAGUAAUUCUUGUAAAUAUAUGACAUUUAUCCAUACCGCUUGCUUUUAUGUUACACAAUAUAUUGAAGCUUCCAUGAUAAGCAAUCGUACUCACACGUAGAUUGACGUGCAUAGAUGAGUUGAACUAUCUUUAUAAGCUUGGUGACAUGGAAGAGAAAAUUUAAAGGAAAUGACUA